GGCGCUGGGCUCGAACCGGGGGCGCGGCGGCUCCGCCAGGCUCUCCCCGGAGGAUCAGCAGGAGCCGCCUCGGGGGCCAGAGAUUGAAGAUGGGCCGGCGCUCCUCGGACACGGAGGAGGAGAGCAGGAGCAGGAGGAAGAAGAAGCACCGCAGGCGCUCCUCCUCCAGCAGCUCCUCGGACAGCCGGACCUACAGCCGCAAAAAAUCGGGAAGGAAAUCCAGGCGCAGACACAGAUCCAGCAGCAGCUCUUCCUACGGCUCCAGGAGGAAGCGCAGCCGCUCCAGGGGCAGAGGCAAAUCCUACAGGUCCCAGAGAUCCAGGUCAAAGAGCAGAACCAGGAGGUCCCGGUCCCGGGCCCGGCAGCGUUCCUACAGCCGCAGCAGCGAGAGGUCCGGCCACAGGAGAACCCCCAGCGGGUCCCGGGAGCACCGCAAGGGCAAGGACAGGGACAAGGACAAAGCCAAGGGCAAAGGGAAGGAGAAGGAGAUUCAUGGCACCAAGGCUGGGGACUCUGCAAACAUCAAAGCUGGAUUAGAACAUCUGACUCCUGCUGAACAGGCCAAAGCCAGGCUGCAGCUGGUGCUGGAGGCAGCUGCUAAAGCAGACGAAGCGUUGAAGGCCAAGGAGAGAAGUGAAGAAGAAGCCAAGAGAAGAAAGGAAGAAGACCAAGCCACCCUCCUCGACCAAGCGAAGCGAGCGAAGGAAAUCGAAGCCAUCGAGAGCGAUGCCUUCGUCCCACAGACCUUCAGGUCAAGCAAAGAAGUCAAAAAGUCAACAGAACCUGCUGAAGUCCAGCAGGAGCCUGUGAAUGUGGGAGCAGGAGCCACUGAGGCAGCAGCUCCUGAGAAAGAGCCUCCAGCUGCCAACAUUCCCACUGCCAUCAAAUACCAGGAUGACAAUUCCUUAGCACAUCCAAAUUUGUUCAUCGAGAAGGCAGAGGCUGAGGAGAAGUGGUUCCAGAGGUUGGUUGCUCUGCGCCAGGAGCGGCUGAUGGGGAGCCCCGUGGCCUGACAGCUCCCAGGACCAUCCCAGGCCAGUUCCCACACGGAAUUCCUACACUCAGCUGUUCCUUUUGUCCCUUAGAGGAGAUCUGGAUGAGCUGUGCAGGCUGGGAGUGUUUCACCUGGAUAACCAGGAAUGUUCUGUUCUGGAUAACCAGGAAUGUUCUGUUCUGGUUCCCCUGGAUAACCAGGACUGUCCUGUCCUGCUCCACCUGGAUAACCAGGAAUGUUCUGUCCUGGAUAACCAGGAAUGUUCUGUCCUGGAUAACCAGGAAUGUUCUGUUCUGGAUAACCAGGAAUGUUCUGUUCUGGAUAACCAGGAAUGUCCUGCCCUGGUUCUCUCCAAGCUCAGUGCUGGAGAUGAGCAGGGCAGCACAGCCAGGGGCAUUUCCCUUUUCUUUGGAGGGAAUUCCUCAGGUGAAGAACACCUGGCAGCCCAUGAAACAUCAUUUUAUCCCUCCCAAUCCAAAGAAUUGUAUAAACCAGGUAAGAGUUGGGAGAUCAGUGGGAAACUGAGGCUCAGGGAUGGGUGGUGCCAUCCCAGGCCACUCCAUGUCCUGAGGCUGGAGAGGAUCCAGGAUCCAUCACUGGUGUCCCCUCCUCCUUCCUUCUGAGGAAUCCUGAAUAUCUGGGCAGGCUCCUGCUGAGGGAAUCCUCUCCGUGGAUUGUUCACUCUCAGUUCCUCAGUCUGGGUGGAAAAACUCUCCACGUGUCCUGGAGCAUCUGCUCCUACUGCAGCUCCAAAUGGGGAAUUUUAUCAACCUCAUCAUUUCUAUAAUUACCAAAUUAGGGAAUUCUCUCACACCUGGUUCUGGCAGUGACUGUUCCCAGCCCUUGGAGUUCCCUUUGGUCAGGUGGGACUUUGCAAAUAAUCAAAGUUUAAUCUGAACAUCUGAAUUUAGCCUGGAUAAACUCCCACAAGAAUCUGCCCAACGUCCAGCUAAGUGCAGGAGAUCAACCAAAUCAAAUAAAUAAAAUGUUAAAGUAUUUCUUCAGCAAAGCUGGGGGGAAACUCACAUCAGGAGAGGAGAAAACCCAGCCCCACCUCUGGAUGUGCCUCGCUGGCCCCUCCCAGCAUCAGCAUUCCCUUGGGAAGCUGCUUUUUUUGGGAUUAUUUCUCCUGGUUCUCAGAUCUGUGGUGAUAAAAAAAUGGAGGCUGACUCUGGAAAUGGACUUUGGUUGUCUUAUUUUUUAUUUUAGAUCCCAGAUGUAAAAGGAAAAUGUAUUGAAUUUACAUUCUGACACAUUUUUACUUCCUGUAUGAAGUGUUAGUUUGACUUUAUCCUGCAUCAAGAUAUUCCAAGACCUUUUCUGCAGGAAAAAGUGGGAAAAAAUUUGUCACCUUUGUUUCAUUUUAGCAUUUUCAAAUUGUAAAUAUUUGUCAUUGCUGUGUUUUCUAAUCACCUUUUAUGUUUCUUUCAUAGAAAAUAAAAACUGUUUGA